AUGGGGAGGCGCCGCCGGGCCCGCGCGCCGCCCGCCCGCCUCCCGCUGCUGGCGCUGGCGCUGGCCUCGGCCGCCGCGCUCCUCCUCGCCUCGCUCAGCCUGCUGCUGGCCGCCUGGCCCCCCCGGAGCCCCCCGGCCCGCGCCGCCCCGCCCCAGGAGAUCCUCUCUGUGGAUGACGCCGAGGCAAUGGAUCCGGUGGUGCUUUCUACCAGUUGGAACAGCCAGGGCAAGUUGCUGCACCACUUCGCCCAGCAGGGGGCACUACGGCAGCGAAGACAAGCUGCGGCCAGAGGGAAGCGUCGCUCCUCCAAAGCCAGCACAGUCUUUGCGGCACACUACGAAGUGCAACCUACGGAAGGCCGUGGGGGCAUCCAGGCAGACGGCAGCGGGACCAUCCGCGGCUGGGGGGAGGCCAAGCUGAACACCAGCAGUCCCCUCCGCUAUAACGGCAGCCGGGGAGAGUUCACCGUGCUCAAGAAGGGCCUCUACUACCUGUACUGCCAGGUUCAUUUCAACGAGGACAAGACCAAUUACAUGAAGCUGGACGUGGUCCUGGGGGGCCAGCUGGCGCUGCGCUGCGUGGAGGAGUUUCGGCCCACCAGCUCUGGGCCCCAGAAGGCCGAACUGCGGGUGUGCCACGUUUCGGGGCUGGUGCUGCUCAGGCCGCCCGAGACCAUUCGGCUCCAGACCAUCCCAAACGUCCAGCUGAAGGCUGACCGCUACCUCACCUACUUUGGCCUCUUCCAGGUUCACAUCUUCUGGGUGCUGACCUCCCUUUCUUGCAACCCACCAAAAACUCCGCAGUGCAUUUUUCUGCUCACCCACGGAGGAGGAGGAGGGAAAGCCACCAUAGCCGCGUCCCACGGAGAACAUCUGGACCCCAGCUGUAAACCAAAAAGGCACAACACCUACAUUUCCCCAAAGAUGUGGACUCCCCGGCCUGGUUGCCACGUUUCCUUUGUGGAUUAUAUUGUCUUCCAAACGCUGCUACGCUUUUCUCCUCUGCUGGGCGCUGCACCGUUAACAGAAGCUGCCUUCUGGUCACCUGCCAAUUAUCAGGUGAUCAAACGGCCGGGAAACGGCUUCCCGGUGCCUGUCUCCUCUCUGGGCCGGCCUGAUCCCACGGCUUUAACGGCUCUUCCACAUGAAGGAAUGAACCUCAGGUUCCAGGAGGCUGAAGACUUCCUGAUGUCCUGGGCUCUACAACAGAGGCCUUUGACACCCCCAGAAAGGAGGAAGAGGGACUUGAGGAAGGCUUCCCGGGAGUCCACCCGCCUACGCAGAAAACAAUCUGUCCUGCACUUGGUUCCUGUUCGCCAAUCCAGUAGCAGCGACGGGGAAACCACAGAGAUCUGGUGGGAGACCUUCCUCCACCAGGGCCGGGCCUUGGAACUGAGUGGCCGAGAUGUCAUUGUGAAGAACUCGGGGCUUUAUUUCAUUUACAGCCAGGUGCUGUUUCACGACCACACCUUCACGAUGGGGCAGGAGCUGCGGCGACUGGGGCUGGAGGGGCAGGAUCAGACCUUGUUCCGCUGCAUCCAGAGCAUGCCGGCCAACCUGGACCAGGCCUAUAACACUUGCUACAGUGGAGGUAUAUUCCACCUGCAGCAGGGAGACCGUGUGAACUUGAGCAUCCCACGGUUCAACGCUUCUUUCAUCAUGAGUCCUCAUGGAACUUUCUUAGGGCUGCUCCGUCUAUAGCGGAGGUAGCUGGCAAGCACAAUCCCCAUGUGUGCGCGCAGAC